UAAUGGAAAAUUCAAUUAGAAUGAUAUACAUAGAAAAUGUAGUUUAUUAUAUUUUAUAUAAGGUCGAUAUGUAUGGGCAGAAAAUAGAGAUUAUAAAGGACAAUGGAAUAAAAAUAAAAAAGCAUGGGAUAUAGGAAUUAUAAAAUUUCUUGAUUAAAUAAUAUUUGAUGGAUUGUAUAAAAUUGGAGAUAAUUUGUUAAUAGAUAUUAGAAUGAA